AUGGUGUCCAAGACUUUAGUGAAUCGACUAAGGUCGGUGCUUUCGCAUUGUAUCGAUGACUCCCAAGCAGCCUUUGUUCCAGGUCGUCUCCUGUUUGAUAAUUUCUUGGUAGCCCACGAAGUAUUUCAUUACUUGAAGUCAAAUUCGAUGGAUUUGCCUCGAGCGUGGGUUAUUUUCCUCAUGUCUUGUGUAUCCUCUUGUACGUAUUGCAUUCGCAUCAAUGGCCAUCUUACUAAUACAUUUUCUAUGGAACGUGGGUUGCGUCAAGGGGAUCGGCCGUCAACCUUUCUUUUUGUUCUUUGUAUACAAGGACUAUCAUCAUUGCUCAGUGAGCAACUUCAGGCGGUUUUAGCGUUGUUUGCGGGUGCUUCUGGCCAGCACAUCAAAUUUUCCAAAUCUAGUGUGUACUUCAGUGGUCAUACACCGUUGGAACAUCGAAUGUGGCUGUGUACUCUAUUAGGCGUUCAAGAAGUUCUUAACCCUGGUAAUUACUUGGGCCUCCCACUAAUCAUUAGGCGUAACAAGACUGCAUCUUUCAGUUUUAUCCGAGAUCGUGUGGGUUCUCGCGUUCGGGGUUGGUCCAAAAACCUGCUUUCCUAUGACGGUCGAGAGAUUUUUAUUAAGUCAGUUGACCAAGCUCUACGCCUCUACCUACUCAUCUUCUGGGUUGUUUUCUUUUGUCGCCUGGUAUCAUUUCAGACAUUACAAGUGCACCGCGUGAUUUUUGGUGGACUGGUCGACAUGCGGAGAGGGGCUGGCCGUUACUUGCCUGGUCAAAACUUUGUCAACCUAAACGCCUUGGAGGGUUAG